GCCUGCUUUCUCCCACCACUUACCCCCAUCUUGCUUAGGAAACAAUAUAACCAUCGACACCGAUGAACACAGUCACUACGACCUUGCGUCUUCCACUGUCUGAUUUCCCAUAGCCAACAUGUACUCACAAUACCGGUUGAGAGUGUUCACGUUUGUCGCUCUAUUCUUUUCAGAUCCUGGAGUUGCAGCGAAUGUUGCUUCCUCCCCCACGACAACUUCAAAAUGUACCGCACUGAUCACCAGUCUCAGCUAUGUGACUACUAUCUCUACCGUACUAAGCGAGCCAUCGACACAAACAUCUAUAGUGACAUUAGGAUUUAUUGAAUAUGUCUACAUAACUCCGUUCAGCAACGGUACAACAUUAACCAGAUACGAGCACGUGGGACAAACAGCUGGUGUGGGUUUUGAUAAAAGGGCGGAAACGACUACUGCGGCAUCCUUCACGACACCCCGUUUUUUCAACAGCUCCAUUGCCAGUAUGCCAGCUCCAACCAAAACGCAGACAGUCUGCCCGACUGGAAUAGAAACGGUGACUUACACUGAGGUCACAACAAUGACGCUGCCGGGAUCUGAUGUUGUCAUUACGCUCACCGCAACCGCAAUCACUGCUUCAACACUAUUCGACUACGAUUAUCUCAUUCCAGCUACUUUUCAGCCGACCCUGGCAGAGCCCACAACGUCUAGCAAGGCUUUGCCAAGUACCCAGACCGGAUCCACCAAACUCAAACCUUCGGAUAACGUUCCUACUGCAUCGAAUGAUCAGCCGAGCAGACCGGAAAUUUCAUCGGUAAAAUUCACUGCUCCUGCAAUACCUCAGGGUACGCCUCCAGGUAAUCCGAUAGCGACGUCUGGUGGUCUGGUACGACCAAUGCCAGGAGAACCUGUGCAACCAUCAGGUGGAAUACCUGCAUUGCCCAUUAAUCCUCCGGUUACCACGAUGGUCCCCAGUCCUGGCGAAAUGCAGACCAUGUCUCUACCAGGCCUUGGCGCUAUUGUAGUUCGGCCGUCUCACUCGGGUAUCAUGAUAAGCGGUGCUGCAAGCAUGAUCAUUCCUGGACAGCAUACGACCAUCAACGACAUUGCAAUCUCGUUCGAUAACUCCGCCUCGUUCGUUGUCAUAGAUGGUACUGUGACGUUCGGGCUUCCUCCACCGACUCCGGCAGCUCGACCAGCACCUGUGGUAAUCGGUGGGACGACCGUCAACAUUGGUGAGGUUGCUACACGACUCCACCCAGGCGAAGUGACCACUAUAAACAACAUACCAAUUUCCAGAGACAUUUCAGGCUCUUUUGUAGUCGUUGGCGGCACCCAGACGAUUUCGUUACAGGAAACUACCCAACUACCAGGUCCAUCUGUAGUGACCGUAGACGGGACGAGUGUCAAUGUUAGCGAGCUUGCUUCGGAACUUGAGCCAGGCGAGGUGACCAUCGUCGGCACCAUGACCAUCUCACGCGACUCGUCCGCUUUGAUUGCAGGCACCACAACCAUAGCGAUCAAUGCAGCAGCAAGCAGCGUGGUGCUUGGGGGUGCAACGAUAUCUGCUGGUGCUCUUCCAUCUGGGUUCUCUUUCAUUCCUGCAACUGAUGGGGGAGGCUUAUUACUGCCGAACGGUCAAACCUUGAUGCCUGGUGCCAUGACAACGAUUGGUGGGAUCGAGGUUUCACUCACCCCUGGAGAAACACCUAUCGUUGUGGUCGAGGGUUCGAUGUCCAUCACCGCAUCUGUUACCGUGGAUGGCAACAAUGGCAACUCUAUCAACAGCGGUAGCGGCGGAUUUGGGCAGCCGACGAGUACCACCACAGGCAUACUAGCGGAUUUCACUGGUGGUGCGAUUGCGAGUGUUCAUGAUGUUUGGUAUGCGCUGUGCACAUUAGCUAUGACAAGCUUGUUUUUCGGUCUGGUGCAAUGUUUGUUUUGAUGUUAGACCUUAGUUCCUGGUAUACAUAUGAGCUUGAAAUCUGGAAUUCGCAAGAUGCUCCUGAUAAAUAUCCAAUCAUGGCAUGGGUUCCGCAGUUGGGUGAUGCUUACGUGCCCAAGGAGGCUGUUGAUGAUAAUGACGUAAUUACGGGGUCCAACUUCCCGUGUUCAGCUCGCAAGGUUUACCCAAUUGGUCCUGCCUCAGCCUCUCGCGAACGCAUACGCAUCCUUCGCACGCGCAAGGCUUACC